CUGCGACGCCUUUUGGUUGGAGGGGGAGGGCUGAGAGCCGAGGCUCGGGUCCCCGCCAACGCUGGCCUGGCACCUGCUGCCCCAGCGUCACUGGGGGAUUUGUCUAGCGACUUCCCUAGCAGGGGUGUGUGAGGGGGAGUCCUCUUUCCGACUGUCGAAAUGGUUAUCAGAGUGUUUGUUGCCACAUCUUCUGGGUCCAUAGCGAUUAGGAAAAAACAGCAAGAGGUGGUCGGCUUUUUGGAGGCCAAUAAAAUAGACUUUAAGGAACUGGACAUUGCUGGGGAUGAAGACAACAGGAAGUGGAUGAGAGAGAAUGUUCCCGGGGAGAAGAGACCUCAGAAUGGCAUCCCUUUGCCUCCUCAGAUCUUCAACGAAGAGCAAUAUUGUGGGGAUUUUGACUCUUUCUUCUCUGCAAAAGAAGAAAAUAUUAUUUACUCAUUCCUUGGUUUGGCUCCCCCUCCUGGGUCAAAGGUGACAAAGUCUGAGGACGCGUCUUCUCUUCCCAAUGGAGACGUAGCAGGAGAAACAGAGGGUGCUGCGGAGGGAAUAGAGAAGACUGAAGAAAGUGGAGAAACCGAGGCACAGAGAGAGGACACUGAGGACACUGGUGGCAUUUCUGAGUCCCCAGAGAAGAACGUGAGUGCUCGCUCUGCUCACAGGAGUUUUACUGCGUCUUUCCCAGUACUGAGCUCCUGUAAGGUGCCGGGAGCUAUGCUGCACGGACACUGA